UGAGAAUCAAGCAGCUGUAACUCAGGUAUAUAAUUUGUAGCACCAACUGCCAUUACAUAGAGGUUCAUCUUGUGCCUUAAAAGUUUGAUCAAACCUUUUCAUCCAACACGUAAACAAGUGACGUCAUUUUCCUAGCAUUCAUUGGGGCUAUUAGAAAAAGGAAGUCACAAAAGUCUGUAGUGCAGCAAAUUUAUUGUUUCACAUAACAUCAUGCGUUCUGUGGCACCCAAAGUGGUAUCUUCUGCUAACAAGAUGCUAAUUGUUCUUUUGCUUCAUUUGUUCAUUAUAUGCAAUGAGGCUCAAGAUAUUUUAUUUGGACAAAAAAAGUACACAGAAUAUCAAGUUGGAAAUAUGAAUUUGAUCAUUACUGUUCCACAUGGCGGGUCAAUACAGCCUAGUGAAAUACCCUCUCGAGAUGCUGGUUGCUGGGACAAGGUUACCUCUACUUGCAUUUACACCCAUUCCUGUCCAUCAGGAACAGCUAAAGACUCUGUUAACUGUAAGGUUACUACCGUAAAAGAUUUAUAUACUUUAGAAUUAGCUUUAACUUUGGCCAAAGAAAUAUGUAAUCUUACUUCUGGUUUAUGCCCACACAUUAUCAUCAAUCAUCUAUCAAGAACUAAGCUAGAUCCUAACAGAGAUAAAGAAGAGGCAUCAUUUGGCGUCCCUCAAGCAGAGCAAGCUUGGAAUGAAUUUAUGGACUUUAUCCAUAUGGCAAAAUCAAAUAUAUCAAAAGGACUACUUAUUGACAUUCAUGGCCAGUCUCAUCCUGAGCAAUGGAUUGAACUAGGUUAUACUAUAUCAAGAGCAAACUUAGAUUCUAGUAAAUUUUCAGCAAAAGAUUCUUCUACUUAUUCUUUAUCCAAUGAUCUUUAUAAUGUUCCAUUUGAAACAUUGCUUAGGGGAAAUAGAAGUUUUGGAAAAUUUAUAGAAGAGCAGAAUCAAAAAUAUGUAUGUGUCCCUUCACCAACUAAUCCAGGACCCAAUGGUGGUAAUUAUUUUUCAGGAGGUUAUAUAAUCCAAACACACGGAUCUAAAAGUCAUGGUAAAGUUGAUGCAAUUCAGAUUGAGCUGCCGAAAUGGAUCAGGGAAAUCGAUGAGCGUCCUAGGUUUUGUGCUGCUUUAGCAAAGGCUAUAAAAAACUUCUUCCAAUCUAACUAUGAAAAUUCAGAAAUAAUGAAUCAAAAGAGUUUAAAGACAAAAAUUCCCAAAUAAUUUUUUUUAUUUUUUUUUAAAGGUGUGUCAUGCAGCUAACCUAUUUAGAUGUCCAUAACUAAUGGGUCCUGCAAAUUAACUAUACAAAAAAUGUAUAUCUCAUUAAUUAGCUUUGCAGAAGAAUACAAUUCAGUAAAACUGAGCACAUCUGAUUAUACCCAACGAGAAAAUUAAUAACAGCAAAAGGAAAAUGUGGGGAUCUGCAGCAAAUAAUUUUUACUUGCCUCUGGUACAAUAUUCUGACAUAAAUCAAACAAACAAGAAGAGGGAGUUAAAACUGCACAAAUUCAAAGGAUAUCAUGAAUAGCCUAGGUACAAACAAAUCUUUCUGUUUCAAACAAUAUGUGGCACAGUUGCAAUCGGAAAAUAAUUAAAAAAAUUAGAUUGAGUAUUCUAUGUAAAAAAAAAAUAACAACAAAAAACAGAAGCAGGAUGUUAAAUAUCUUUUGGGAUGAUAAAUACAAGCAAUAAAAAUAUAUGUGUACUUGUCUGACA